GUCGUACUUGAAAUAUUUGUUUACAUGCCGAUAAGUCCUAAAACUUAGCACGGAGCAUUUCUUCAAAGGGUCAAUAGUUAGACCAAAAGUCUCUAUAAGGCCUUUGAUAAAAUCAUGUCCAAGAAGGUCGCAGUGGUGACGGGUUCUAACAAAGGAAUCGGUUACGCCAUUGUUCGGGGCCUCUGUAAACAGUUUGACGGUGAUGUGUAUCUAACUGCCAGGAAUGAGGAGCUCGGCAAGCAGGCCGUCAAGAUCUUAAACUCAGAGGGACUUUCUCCAAAGUUCCAUCAGCUUGACAUCACCGACCAAGCCAGCAUUGAUCGUCUGCGAGAUUUUCUUAAAACAACAUAUGGAGGUUUGGAUGGUCUUGUUAACAAUGCAGGUAUGGCUUACAAGCAAGCGUCAACUGCCCCUUUUUCUGAACAAGCAGAGGUUACGAUAAAAACAAAUUACUUUGGAACGCUUACCGUAUGUGAAGCUUUGUUUCCUCUUCUUAGACCGCAUGCAAGAGUUGUGAAUGUUUCCAGCAUGUCUAGCUCCUCUGCGAUUAAAAAAUGUAGCAAGGAAAUUCGAGCCAAAUUUGCAAAUCCAAAACUAACAAUUGACGAUUUGACAAGGUUAAUUAACGAGUUUGUCCAGGCAGCUAAGAAUGGAAACCAUGAAAGCAAAGGGUAUGCGAAUAGCGCCUACGGAAUGUCCAAAGUUGGUGUAUCUGCCUUGACCGAAAUUCAACAUCGUCAACUUUCAGCAGACCCACGAGAAGACAUCUUGGUUAAUGCUUGCUGCCCUGGUUACGUUGAUACAGAUAUGACAUCACACAAAGGUCAUAAAACUAUCGACCAGGGCGCCGAGACGCCUUUGUAUUUGGCCUUACUUCCACCAGGAACGAAAAGUCCAGCCGGGAAUUUUGUAUCUGAAAGGAAGGUCAAGAAUUGGAGUGGAUAGUUAUUUGUAAAAACAUAACAUCUAUCUUCCUGUUGGCUGAAUUUUUGUUAUAUAAUAAAGCUUAAUCUAUUUUUUGUUCAAAAACUCAAAUUAGAGAAUGUUUCAUCUCUGAAAUACAUUUAUUAACCUGACCUGAAAAUAAAGCAUUUCUAAAUGUAGGUAAUUUUGUUCCAGUAAUUUUCAUAGUUCAAAAAAUGUAUGUCUUGACAACCUGACCUGAAAUUAAAGUAUUUGUAAAUGUA